GUUGAACGGCCUACCGCCAUUGCCAUCAAUAAAGAUGAUCACAUAAAAUAGGCAGCUCGACUGCCUCGACUAUUUGAAGAAUAUUGGGAGCUAUACUACUCAUCCCUGCGUCGACGUCGGCGUUGGUUAAAGCUUUUAUAAUAUGAUCCAUGGCUUCCGGAGACAAUGAAAAGUAUCUUCGAAUUGUACUUCUUCUAACAAAAGGAGGAACACUUGUUAUCCGGGAGGUAUUUGCCAGGGAACUUACAUCCUACAUUUCGCAACAUGGUGGUAAUCUGGACACCCUUUUGCAAAAUUAUGAGAGUAACAUAAAGAAACGCAAAUAUUUGUCACGGCCACAGUGUCUGAAGUUGUUUCCUCCAACCGGUAAGACUAAUUUUCAACAGUGGGAUAUUGGAUUGCUUGUUUUUGUCACGUUGCAUGUAUUUGGUACAUCGCUGUCACCAAGCGAAAAACUCGAGAUCAGGCAAAUCCAGAUAUUGAGAAAUGAUCUUUCACACACAUCAAACGCAGAACUAGAUUCAUCUAGCUAUCAAGACUAUUUACUUCUGCUCGAAAAUGCAAUAAGUUCCUUGACAUCCGGACUGGGCAACAAAUAUAUUUUGACACAAACAAAACACCUUUUCAAUGACUGCAAACAUGGACCCCUUGAUGUCAAAUCGACGUUAGAACAACUUCACGAGAUCAAAGAAAAAGAAGAACUGUUUCAAGAAGUACUGGACAAUUUUAAAAAGAUCGAAGAGGAAUCGAAAAAGAACACGGAAACAAUCGUCUCUACUGUACACGAAGUUGGAGCAGAGCUGAAGGAUGACAUUUCAAGGAAUACACAUAUGCUUGCAGAAUUACAAAAGAAACUGGAAACGUUUAUACAGAAAGAUGGAAUUUGUACCAAAAUCAUACAAAUAAUUGGUACAAAGAUAUGUGUAGAGGGAAUAGAUGAGGAGGUAACAAAUCUUAUAGAAGAAAUUGUCAUAGAUGUUAUAAAUAAAGCAAAAAAGAAAACAUUUGGAUCAAAGGAUAUUCGGGCAAUAAAGGAGGCAGUGAAGCAGAUUCUUCAAGACAUGAAGUGCGAUGGAGACAACGACAUACUUUAUGCGAAACAGUCCUGUGUUUUUAUAUGGGUACGAUGUAACACGUACAAAGGCCUGCGUGGUAUACUGGAGUACAUUGAAAGUCCUCGUAUCGCCCAGCGUUUAGACAAACUUUCAGAAGCAGUUAUGACAAGUCUUAACAUUUCUUGCAAAUUCAGUUGCAGUAUAGUCCCCAGUAGUCUGAGAUCACUCCGAGCACGAUUGUACGCAGAGGAGGACGGCGAAAAUGACAGCCCAGUGAAAUACAAAAGUUCAAUAAUAGUUCCAAUACGGUGCAAAACCGUCCAUGGACUUUCUCGAAUAUGGGAAAUGGUCGAAGGCGGAGAAACACAAAAAUUCGAGGAUUUUUCGCAGACUAUUUCGAACGUAGUUGGCAGCCAAGUAACAGUGACAGCCUCUAUUGAUUUGCACGAAUUCAGUGAAGCCGUACAGAAAAUAGAUACGUUUGAGUCAGAAGUUAAUGAACUGUUUACAAAUCUACGAAAUAUUAAGUCAAUGAUGACACUAGCAACUACAUUAUCGGCAGACAGCGGAGUACCAACGUCCUGGGGGCAUCACAGAGAGGAGUUGGGGUCAUACGAGGCCGGCGAUAGUUUCACCUAUGGUUCCGAUGUUUCUUACAUACUUGACAAACGUUCUAAAACAACGUUUACAGAUGAACCAGAUAUUUGGUCUGAAUCUAUGCUGACUGAUAUAGAUAGCCGCUAUAGCCAAUCAGAAGAGUAUACCCAUCCUAUAGGACAACAAACACUGCAAGGAAUUAAUUUGAGGAUUCCACCAUUACUUCUGCCGAAAGUUCCUUUGCCUUUCUUUCAUUGUGUAAAGAAAACACCAAAGCACACAGACCUAUCAUUUCAUCUGUGUGAGGCAUUGAAUGAAAUGGAAAUUGACAUGCUAAGGAAAACCCGUUCCAAAGUAUUAAGCAUGGCUGAAUUUACAAACAGUAUUCAUGUAGUAUUCAAAUCGAAUGCAUUUCCACGUGAAUCGAUAAAUACAGAAUUACUUGAAGUUGCCUUGGAUUUUCAGUCUGGGAUCUCAAAAGAUAUUAACGAAAUAGAAGCUACAGGUUAUAUAAUAAAACCUGAAUUUGCAGGAAAUAGUUUCAUCGGUAAAUAUAACAGAGUGGGACCUAGUUUAAUUUAUGUGAAUUACUUAGAAUUUCUUCAAAGUAUAGAAUGGCCUGCAUAUGCCCAGGAACGUUUACUUCAGCGAAAUGGAAGUUUUUCGAGAGAAACAAAACUACAUUUGAUGCAACACAAGUGCACGCUCGAGCAAGUACAGUCUGAAUACAGUCCUUUUCUAUGGCGUUUCACUUCAAAAUUGCAAGAGAGGUACUUAAUUGAACAUUUAAAUGAUUUGCAGUGGAAUUGUCUCUUUGCAAUGCGUAAUCUCUUGAAUGAAAACACAGUAUUUACUGAUGAAGCAUUUUGCAUGAGCUUAUUUUACACAAUGGAAAGGCUUCCAACAAAAAUGUGGAAUGAAAGAGAAAAUUAUUUGUCAUGCCUCAUGGAAUGUCUCUGCACAUUGUUACAAUUCGUGGAAAACAGUUUCGUGUCAAAUUUCUUUUGGCCUACAAACAACAUCCUAUUAGAAACAAUUAGUGCUGAGGAAAGAAAACGGAUGGUUGCUAAAAUUACAGAUAUGGUUGAAAACCCAUUUGAAACUUUUUUUAGGUUACCUUGGGCUGAGGUUCAAAAUGAGGUUCGAACUUCUCUCCGGAUGUUACAUUACAUUGAAAAAGAUUUAAGGGGGAUUCAGCAUUCUGAUUAGAUUUAUAAACAUGAAACGUACAAUGAUUUAUAUUUCAACUUUUAUUAGUAGACAAAGGAAUGCUAAAUAGGUAAAUGUUAAAAAUCUCAAACGUGAAAGUAGUUGAUAUGAUGAACAUUUUGCCUUGGUAACCAUUUAUCAAUAUAUUACAAAUACUUAUUCAAGAAUAAAGGAUCAUUUUAACCAGGGAAGAUGAAAAUUCUUUUUACUGUAGCAGUUAAUUAUACUUCUGUAAUUAAAUGUUUCAUCUGCGUUAA